AUUCUAGAUUUAUAUAAUCAUAGCUAGAAAAGACUUGUUUUUAAAGAAAUUUUUUAUGGGCAGCUAGGUGGCUUAGUGGAUAAAGAGCCAGGCCUGGAGACAGUAGGGUCCCAGGUUUAAAUCUGACCUAUACAGCUGGGUGUGCGCAGUCCACCCGGUGACGGUGAGUUUAUCCCAGCAGUGGGCCUACGGCUGCGGACAUGGGCGCCGCCACUGCCGAAGUGGAUCAGACCUUUGUUGGCAACCUCGAUUGUAAAGUGACAGAGGAGCUGCUCUUCGAGCUUUUCCAUCAGGCAGGUCCUGUAAUAAAAGUUAAAAUUCCAAAGGAUAAAGAUGGUAAACCAAAGCAGUUUGCGUUUGUGAAUUUCAAACAUGAAGAAUCCGUUCCUUAUGGAAUGAAUCUACUUAAUGGAAUAAAACUUUUUGGAAGGCCCAUCAAAAUUCAGUUCAGAUCAGGAAGUAGUCAUGCUUCUCAGGAGGUUAGUUCAUCAUAUUCCCAGCAUAAUCUUGGGAAUGCAAGUCCAUCUAGCAUGCCACAAUCCACUUCAGCUUCUAGCAGAUAUGAAAGGAAUAUGGAUAACUUGUCAUCUGGAUAUAAUGCUUCACAAAUGAUACAGAGGUCUUUCUCAUCUCCAGAUAAUCUUCAAAGACAGGCUGUGAUGAUCAAUGUUCUGUGGCAGCAGCAGGGAUCAUUCAGUGGAAAGUUUGUACCUCAGCAUUUGGAUCAGCCUAGUUUUACACCCUCAGGGCAGCAGCAUGGUCAUUCAUUUAACCUCUCUUCAAGCUCCCAGUGGUGCCCGGAUACACCAGUGUCGCAAAGGAAAACCAGGCAGAACUCCCAUCCCUACCAAUCAGAUAGGCUUUAUAGUUGCGAGCAGCGUUAUGGGGAUCAUGGAUCUGACCAUCAUUAUAGAGGAAACAGAGAUGAUUCCUACUAUGAAGAUAGGAUCCAUGACGGUUGGAGCCAUGACUAUGAUAGCAGAAGAGAAAACAGUAGGGAUGGAAAAUGGCGCCCAUCCCGGCACUAAAGUAUUAAGAUGAACUUUAAAAGAAAAAAGUGGCUCAGAUUAGGCCCUUUUUUUGGCUAUGUUGAUGUGGAAAUGACUUCUUUGAAAAACUGUAGAAAACAGCUCUGAAAGUUGCUACAUUUCCUUUUUAAAAAUUUUUAACUUACCUACAGAAUAAUACAAAGAGGAAAAAAAAUAGUGGUUCCAGUUUUAUUAUAUUAACAGCCUUUCACCUCAGGGUUUUAUGAAGAGGAAAGGUUUUUUUUGCAAAAGAAAGUGCCACAACUCCUAAUCAUUGUAGUAAGUUUAGGAAAACGGGUGGAUUGUAAAGUUUGGUUGUAUUAUAAAGAAAAUAUUUUAAUUAUUUGUAACUUUUUGUAGUGUAACACAAUUGUCUUGGUAGUAAAUCCUAUUUUGGUGUGUGUGUAGUAGAAUACAUCAAAGUUGAUAGCCCAAAGUGGCUAUCUGUAUUUUGUUAUUAAACAGAAAAAUAUUACUUUUUGAUGAUCCAUUUUAAUGCAAAUAACAUUCAAGCAAAAAAAAAUCCUUGUAAAAGGGGAUGAAUCAUAUUGGUUUAACUUUUGAUGGAACUUAAAUUUAAGUUCUGUAAAGUUUCUUUGAAUUUACCUGAAUUGAAUUACACUGUAUUCAUACAUAUUCAUCAGUAGAUUUAUUCUAAAAAUUAAGAAUUUUCAUGAAAUCAUGUUUGAUAUUGCAAAAAAUUACUCAGGAAGUAUUAAAUCUCUCCAAGGGUAUGUUUUUUUGUUUUUGUUUUUUGUUUUUAACAUUUAAAAGACCCUAGUGAUAUUCAUGUGUACCCUUCUUCCCCCCCAAUAAGUUUUAUCAUUGCGUAAGACAAAAUAGUUACACAUUUUAUUGAAAUAUACUUUGGGGUUUUAAGUGCCCAGUGAAAAUAUAGUUGUCUUUUAAAGUGGAACUCUAGUUUGCUUAUCUACUUGAUAAGCACUUAAGAAAAACUAGUCUUAAAAUUCAUCUGAUUUUAAGAUCUUGUUUAAUGAACAGUUUUUAGGUGUCAGAAUUAUACUGUGUUUCCAUUUACAUAUAGAAAAUAAACUUGUUUGUAAAAACACAUUCCUUCAAAAGUUUGGAACACUUGCUUACUAAAGAAUCAAGCCAUUUCUUUCAUGUGUUUCUUUUUAUUAUUGGACAUUUGUCCAAGAAAAAGUUUUGUUAUCUUGUCAAUGAAUGAAAGAAGUUGCAUGUGAAAGAUUAGGCCUGCCCCUUUAUUUCGGUUUCAUACAUCAGUUGGUUGAAAGUUAAGGUGAUCAUUUUAACUUAGUGUCUGUUACCUAUGCCCUGAAAUAAGUGUCAUACCUUUUUAACUUAGCUUUUAUUUAAUCAAUAAUUCCAGUACUGUAUACUAAUUAAAUGGAUCAUUUCUGCUCUCUAGGAGUUAAGUGUGAUUUUACUUGUCCAGGUUUUCAUAUCAUAAAAAGCACUUUGUAAAACUUAAAAAAAAAAAAUCUGACCUAUACAUAGUAUUAAUUCUAAGGUGGAAGGUAAUGGUUUAAGAAAAAAAAAUUUUUUGUUAUUCUGAAUGUGACAAAUAACAAAAAAUAAGUAUUUCCAGAUAAAGAACAUAAAGAGCAUAAUAUAUAUAGAACCAAUACUCCUAAAUUAUAUACAGCUUUUUCGAAAUGUGUAAUAGUUUCAGCACAUUAAUUCCAAAGCUGUCCUACUUAGGUCUGUAUUUAGCAGGGGGCAUUAUCCCUAUUCCCUUUUGCUUUUUCUUUGUAUUUUAAUACUCUUGCAAUUGAUGUCCUCACAUGAUACUUUAUUUUGGUCUCAUUAUCAUUACCCUCUUCUCCUUUCCCAGUUCUACUUCACAAUAAAUAAUUUUUUAAAACUCUCCCUUGCAAUCAAUAAUCGUAGUCAAGUUUAAAAAAUUCUACACUUUGGCAAUGUUCAAAAAUAUAUGCUUCAUUGUUCAUCUAUAAUCUGUCAUCUCUCUGUUUAGAAUACAAAACAUUGUACAGAAAUAGCCAAAUAAUUGGGAAAAGAUUAAUUGUUCAUGGUUGGGCUGAGUGAAUGUAAUCAAAAUGAUGAUGCUACCUAGAUAAAUGUUUAGAUUUAGUGCUAUUCAAAUCAGGCUCCCAAAGAGUUCAUUUACAAUCUAGACAAAAUAUGACAAAAUUCAUGAGCAGAAUAAAACAGCUAGAAUCUUGAGGUAUAAAAGGAGAGAAAUAUUAAGUAUAAAAGUUGAUGAGUAUACUAAAUUGGAUGAACAAAAUUAACUGAAAAAAUCUUCACAACAAGUAAAAUAUAGUAAGCUGUCAGGAAUAUAUUAAAUUUAGACCCAUUUCCCAAUAGAUAACAAAGGAUACAAACAAAAAGUUUUGCUAAAAACUUUUUUUGUAGAUGCUUUUUUUGUAAAUGCUUUUUGUUUUUGUAUCACAUUCAUUUCCAAAUGUUUUCCCUUUAUUUAUGAGUUUUUCCUUGUAAUAGAGUUUAAAAAGAAAACAAUAGCAAUUGAGAAAAGCUAAUAAGCAUACUGACAAUACCAGAAAAAUAUAUUAAGUACUUUAUGCCCAUAGCCUUCCAUCUCUGCAUUCAUAGAUGGGAAGUGAAUUUUUCAACUCUUUCUUAGGCCAAGCUUGGUCUUUAUUACAUAAUAUUCAUUGAAUUAUCCUAUCUCUUUGUAUUAAUUGUAAUUAUUAUCUGUAUUGUUUUCUUGGUUCUACUUCAUUCUAUAUCAGUUCAUCUAAGUCUUCUCAUAUUUCUGAAUUUUUUGUUUCUUAAGACUCAGAAUUUUCUGUUAUAUUUAUACAACACAAUUAAUGCAGGUUGGCAUAUAUUUUGUUUCUAGUUAUUUGGCACCCAAAAAAUUCCAUAGUAAUUAUUUUGGUAAAAAUUAGGAUCUUUCCACCUAUCAUUGGCUUCCUUCAGGGUACUUGCCUAGCAGUUUGAUCUCUUUAGUCAAAAUAGAGACAGGUAAGUGACUUUUUAAAAAAUUCCAUGCUUCCAAAUAGCUUUCAAAAAUGGUUAGAACAGUUUGCAUUUCCACCAACAGUGUGUCAGUGUACCUAUCUUUCAGAAACCCCUCUAAUAUUGACUGUUUCCUUUUGUCAUCAUUGCCAAUUUUUUUGAGUUUGAGAUGAUAUCUCAGAGUUGGUUUAAUUUGCAUUUUUCUUAUUAAUAAUUUGGAAUAGUCUUUAAUAUGAUUGUUAAUAGCUCUCCUGUCCUUGAUAGCUUAUCAAUCAGGAAUGUUUCUUGGUCUUACACAUUUAUGUUAAUUGCCUUAUCUUAGCUAGAAUGAGAAUUUUUUUUUCAAAACUGAAAUGCUAUCAGCAGCCAUAUAAAAGAAUGUUCCAAAUCACUAAUAAAAGAAAUGUAAAUUAUAGCAAUUUCAAAGUUUCAUCUUACACCUAUUAUAUUGGUAAAGAUGGUAAAACUGUAAAAUAGUCAAUAUUGAAGAGGCUGAAGAAAGACAAGCACACCAGUACACUGUUUGUGAUGCUAAGAACUGACCCAUCUUUUUUGGAAAAUAAUUUGGAAUUAUGUGAGAGAAGUCACUAACAUGGUCAUAUUUUUUGAACUAGCAAGUCUAAUACUUGGCAGAUAUAUUAUAGAGAUAGAUCAUUGACAGAAAAUAAGGGUCCAUAUAUACCAAAGUCGAAAUACUACUUUUUAUUUAGGAGGAAAAAAAAGUAGGACCUAGCCUAAGCCACUUGGUAUGGGCAGAAAAACCUACAAAUUGCUACAUGGCAGCAGAGGGCAUGAGGUGGUAAAGCAUCUGAGUGGAGGGGAGCAACUAACCCAGCCUAAGCCACUCCAGAAGGGUAACUAGGGCAGAGAACAGGAACUUACACAUUCCCAAAAGGUAGCAGAACGCCAGAGACAGCAAAGCAGCAAUGGGGGACUAGCCCUGCCUAAGGCACUCAGCAAGGGUAGCAAAGGCAGAGAUAGCAGGAAACCUGCUCACUUCCAUGUGGCAGCAAAGUGCCUGAGGCACUAUUUCCCAGAACAAGGACCUGUCCAACCCAAGCAGCUUGGCAGAAGCAGGGAAGCAAAAGGACAAGGAAUAGCCCAUCCUACAAAACAACAAGGAAACUAGAAAAAUAGGGUGUUGAAUCUAGUUGAACAAAAUAACUGCAAGCCUCCUCAAAGCAAACCAGCAGGGCCACCCCCUUGGGAAACUGAGGCAAGUGGACCUUUUCCAAGUGUCAGAAAAGAGUACUCUACAAGCUUGGAGCAGUGUUUCCACUACCCUAGGAACAGAGAAGCAUCUCAACAGCUAAAUAACAGCUAAGAUAAAAAUAACUAGAAAGCAAAAAGCAGGAAACCUGACCUUAGUUACUUUAGUGACAGGGAAGACCAAAAUAUGAACUCAGAAGAGGACAACAUGCCAAAAA